AUGACCGCCCAGGAGGCGAAUAAGCCCGCUGUGGUUGGCCCAAGGGCUGCUGAACUGGAGCCCGAACGUGCUCCAGGGGCGCCUUUCCCCAGUGACAAGACACUGUGGGACAUGACUACUCCGUACCUAGAGCCCAUUGACGCCUCCUCCGAUGGAAUCCGACGGGCCACCGCCACAGGGGACUUACUCGUCAUUCUUUGUCAACUGUCCGUUAGCGGCGGCAUGGGUCUUGAACAUUUGUCAACCACAUCAGAUGGAUCGCAUUUUUUUGCCGUCGGCAUUCGCCUCUUUAGAACCGACACUUUUCAGCUUGGCAAGUCAUGUGAGUUGGCCCGAAUUUCGCGCAAUGGUCGUGCCGCGGAAAUCUUUCAGUUCCUGCACGACACGCGCGCCGCAAAGGGGCCACUACCCGUUGUCAACCACAUGGCCUCGUUUUAA